CAAACGGAAAGCGACGGACAGCUGGAAUGAUGAACCCGUCUCCAUCUACAGCGACGCACAGCUUUCCGAGCGCCGACUAACCUCCCGCGGAAAGACUUGAUGUGUUCGUUGUUUCGCUGUCAGGACCCGGACGCUGUCACGAGGGAAAGUGAAAUGAGCAGCAAGCGGCAGCGGUUUGUCCGUCCGCGCUGAGCGCGUCUGCGGUGCCGGCCAGACAGUCUGCCUGCCGUCUGUUCUCAUCCUCACUUCUCCCAAAUGGAAGAAGGAAUGAACCUCUCCGUACCUCGCAAAAAGUAGACCGUUUCAGUUUUCACGCAGAUUUUUUUUCUUCUUCUUAUUUUUCCGGCCACUCGUCAUCGUGAAAAUGUUAACAGGAUCCAAAACGACGUUCAAAGUGAGGCAAAUGGUUCCAGAUAUGAAGGAAAGGAUGCUGAGUCACAGCGGUCUCAACGCCAGGAGUCGAGACGUGUUUGGACUCCGGUGUUUACCUGGUGAGUGUGUACUUCAGAGGGCUGUUUUGGUGAGGAAGAAGCUGACCACCAGGGAGGGAGGAGGCUGGCUGGCCGGUACUCUCUUCUGUACCCACUUCAGAGUGGCCUUCGUCCCCCAGGACAGCUCCAAACCUGACGACAAUGCAGACCCGGUUCUUAUUGGGGACCACGAUGUGGCUCUGGCCUCCAUUGAGAAGGUUGUGGCUGUGGGCCCAUCGCGGACCAAGCUAGUGACCCCCAACUCCUCCCUGAAGUUCACCCCUGAAGAGCUGGUGCUCUACUGCCGCGACCUACGGGUCAUCUGCUUCCUCUUCGACCGUCUCACCCCAGAAACACAGGCCAUCGAGAUAACCCACACCAUCGCCAAGACCUAUCAGCCUCUCAAGCCAGGCACUGUCCUGGCCUUCCAGAACGCCGCCCUAGGCAGUGUGGAGAUGAAGCAGUUCCUAAGCAACCGUCGCCGAGACACAGAUAUGAACUGGUUUGAGUCACAGGCCGACUGGGAGCAGGAACUGGAGAGGUGCGGGUCUACUGGCUGGAGGGUCAGCUCGGUCAACGAUCGUUUUGAGAUGGCCACCAGCCUGCCCAGGUUCAACAUGGUUCCACAGAAGGUCCUGGACACUGAGCUGAAGAAAACCUUUGCCCAUUUCAAUGAAGGCCGCAUCCCUCGUUGGUGCUGGCGACACCCCAGAGGCAGUGACUUGCUACGGAUGGCCAGCUUUCAGAACAACAUAUACCAUGAGAAAGAUGACAUCAGGAACCUUGAGAUGAUCCUGUUUGGGGGCCAGUCGUCUCUCUGCGUGGUGGUGGAAUUGGGUGAUGACAUGCCUUCGCCUGCCGAUGUGCAGCUGGCACACAGCCGGCUGAGAGCCCUCUGUCUGGGAGAUAUCUCAACCUCUGUGUCAGUGCCGGAUGAUAAAUGGUUAUCUACCCUUGAAAGCACCCACUGGCUAGACUAUACCAGGUGCUGUCUGAGGAAAGCUGCCGAGGUGGCCUGCCUGCUCCGUGGUGGUCACCUGACCGUGGUUCUGCAAGAGGCUGAGGACCGCGACCUGAACUGUGUGGUGUCCAGUCUGGUCCAGGUGAUGUGUGACCCUCAUGCCCGCACGCAAGCCGGCUUCCAGGGCCUGGUGCAGAAAGAGUGGGUGAUGGCCGGUCACCGCUUCUACAGCCGCAUCAACUACCACCGCGACAAUGACAAGGAGGAGGCCCCGGUGUUCCUGCUGUUCCUGGACUGUGUGUGGCAGCUGUGGUCUCAGUAUCCAUCUCGCUUCCAGCUGACAGAUGAGUUCCUGUUGGCGCUCCACGACAGCGUUCAUCUGCCGCUCUUCUCCAGCUUCCUGGCCAACUGCCAGCGAGAGAGAUGCAAACGCACGCAGCACCUCUCCCAGAGCUACACCCCUGUCAAUGGUUGGGACGACGGGUUGCCUCGGGGCCCGGCCCUGGACCCCGCUGACCCUCCUCUGCCCCCCGUGUGGGACUGGGUGCUGCAAUACAGCAGCCAGAGACGAGCCCGCUUCACCCAACCCGUCGCUCCUACGCCUCCUCUUCAGCCGCUGCUGAACGGAAACCUCAACACCAACCCAGACGCACACAGGUUGAACGACACCGUCCCAGGCUCGGUGUUCCUGCUCUCUCGAGGCUCCUUCUCCUGUCCUGCCAACCUGCCUCCAUGGCGCAACAGCAGCUCGGGCAUUUACAGGAAGAGCCACCGGAGGGCGCCCUCCUCAGAGAACGUGCCAGGCCUGGAGAGACUGCUGAAAGCUUGGGCCCUUACUGAGUUACCGCAGAGCCUCCGUGCCCCCACCGACAGCCCCCGGGGCCCGUUGGACCCCUAUGAGCCCUUACUGCCCCUCCUCCUGGGGCCCUGCAUACGCGUAUGGAGAGAGUGCUACCUCCGGGGGGCGCUCCAUGCACAGGCGUUCUCCCACCCGGUCUCCUCCAAUCACCCUCACCCUGUGGAGCAGCUCGUCUGGGAGGUGAAGCAGCUGAGAGACAAGCUGGCACUUGUGUCCGGCAGCACCGACGGUGAGCUGCGUGCCAAGAAAGCCGAGCCCAGACGCACUGACGCCAGCCUGAAUCAGAACACGAAUAAUGGCACCUUCCUGUUCCCGGCGUCGCGGCCUCAGGGCCCGGCAGUGACGAAACCAGCACCCCCACUAACCUCCACCAACAUCCACACCUCCAGAGCUCCCCCAGCUUCCCGGGUGGGACACAAGGACACCAGCAGCAGCAACAAGCACACCUUCCUCUUCGGUCACUCUUCGGCAGCGGAAGUCCGCUCGGACCAGCGUUACCACCCAGCGUCCAACAGCACCAAGCUGGCCAAAAACAGCGGGCCCUCGGUGGGUUCAUGAACCCUGACCUUCCUCUUUUCUGACUCUCUCAGAAAUGAUCCAGACUGUUUCCACCCAGUGACUCGGACCACCAUGCUGUGAAACUGGCUGUUCAUGUCAACGCCAACAGGCGGUGAAAAGACGCAGGUGUGAGUUCCUUGUCAAAGCUCACACGAGUGUCAGUGAAGUGACAACGGACAGAAAGAGUCCUGUCUGGAUCGGGACUGUGUUGAACGGGAGUAGCAAUUUAAAAAGAUCGGCGCCAGGGGCCAGCGCUCAUUACCGUUUUCCUUAUCUCUGCUGUAAGUAUUGAAGAAUGUGACGGCGGUAAAGUGUGUGUGAGAAUUUCACAGUUCUUAAGUAUUCUCUUUUCUACUUUUUUUUUUAUAUUGGAGUAAAGAUAUGACGUUAAUAACAUAUAACACUAGGACGUGAUAAGCACAUCUUCCUGAAUACCUGAGAAUGAAGCACAAACCAUCUGGACGUGUCUGUGUGCAUAGAUAGGUACUGUAUUAUAGCUAGGUAUAGACAGAUAGGUACUGUAUUAUAGAUAGGUAUAGACGGAUAGGUACUGUAUUAUAGCUAGGUAUACUAGACAGAUAGUCAGUCUAGGAAAUCCAUACCAAUGUUGGCAUUACAACUGUGGCACUACGGAGACGCCCGUAUGUAGAGCAUGUUACCAGGCCUGACUGAUUCGCUGCAGGACACGUUGACAGGGGUUGUGGUCAUUUUAAUGGACACACAUCGGACCUCCGUCCCUCCCUGCCAUGCGGCCGUCUCUCUCCCUGCAGGACCAGAUUAUUAUUUUUACAGAUAUCUUAUACCGUCUCCAUAUUCUUCCGUCUUGUUUUGUGAUGUGUAAAAGUACACAUGCUCAUUCCCUCCUCGUGUUUACAUCUCAGUUUUAAUUGGAGUCCUGGAAAUGUCCCUCAGCGGGGGGAGGAGGGGGGGGGUGUCUAACUGUAGGCGUUGUGUCCAGUGAAUUUAAUCAGAAAUGUAGGGCAUGGCGCUAUUUCGGUCCUGCUCUCAAAUCGCUCCGUGUGCAGCGAGAGGUCUGUGUUCACAUCCAUGUCAUAUAUUAGCCUGUGUCUGAAUAUUACUUCAGACACUAAAUAUUACUACAGAGACUAAAUAUGAUGGUAUGUUUUGAGUAUGUGCAUGACUGAGAGUCUCCUAUUUUAUUUUAUGAAAUAAGUAUUUUGACCGUCACUGGUCGGUUUCUGGUGUGAUUUCUAAAAGGACGUGACCGAGCAGAGUAUUAUUUUGACCUUAUUUCCCACCGUCUUUUCACGGCGGAAUUGAAACAAACCGUCCUUCGUGGGUUUGAUGAUCUCCACCUUUUCAAGGUACCCGUAUCAGGAAGCAGGGGUUGCUGAUCCCCCCCCCCCCCCAUUUUUCUGCCUGGCCAUUGCUAUGCGGCGAGCCUUCGGGUCGAGGGCUUGGACGCGUCUGACUGUAUUUAAAGCACAGAGGAGGUCUUUUGGUGCUGCUCUCUCCAACCCAAACGGAUCAGCUGUUGUUUGCAUGAUGCGGGUGUUCAAGCAGAUACUCUGGCAUCAUUUCCCGUGAACGGAUGAAUUUCGGUUGUACAUAAAGUAUCAUGUGUUGCUGUAUUAGAAGCAGGCUGAUACCUGAGAGACACCGGCACUGACCGCCUCUCAUGUCAAAAGGUACUUCAUUAGAUAGCACCAAGUACUACUCCAUUGUAAAUAUUCAGUAUUGAAUAUCAAGGUACGUCGAUAUGGCGGUCACCACAUCACAGCUUUCUGGACAUGAUGCCAGCGGAUUUGCUUGUCUUCCGUGGAAAAAUAAUAAACCAAAAGGUCGUUAUUUAAUGGCAUCGAGUGCGAAAAUAUGGUUCUUAAAUUCCUAAGAACGUCAACGUACCUAAGCCUGUGUACUAUAUCUGUAGGUCUGUAUUAAUGUAUAUUUCAAUGUUUUUGGUACAACCUUAAUUUGCCAGAUGUACAUAUUCUUUUUUUUUGUUUUGUAUCAGCAUGUCUUGAUUCUGGUUAAUAAACGGUAUCGGUUCCUAGUUUCACCUAACAUUCACUGCGUCGCCACAGAUAAGCUCUCCGGUGUCAAGAGAUGUACACGGUU